UUGUUCCUACUAGGUUCACCUUGCCCUUAAUCCAUGUGAAGACCUGUUGGAAACACCUUCUAGAAACAUAAUAAUUUUCAGUCUCCUAAUAAAUUCUGUUGUGUCCAAGAAGAGCCUGUCCAAAUGAGCAAGACAUCCCAACAGAACACCACUACAGAUGCAAAAGGAGUAAGGGUGAUUCACACCCAAGCACACACCAGUGGUUUGCAGCAGGUUCCCCAGCUGGUGCCCGUUAAUCCUGGUGGUGGAGGCAAAGCUGCGCCUCCGAGCAAACAGGGAAAGAAAAAUUCCUUUGUGGAUAGAAACAGUGAUGAGUAUCGUCAGCGCAGAGAGCGAAACAACAUGGCAGUGAAAAAGAGCCGGUUAAAAAGCAAGCAGAAAGCACAAGACACACUGCAAAGGGUCAACCAGCUCAAAGAUGAAAAUGAACGUUUAGAGGCAAAAAUUAAAUUCCUGACCAAGGAGCUGAGCGUACUGAAAGACUUGUUCCUCGAGCAUGCGCACAACCUUGCAGACAAUGUGCAACCUGUUGGCACUGAAACCACCACAACAAAUCCAGAAAACAAUGGACAGUAGACACUGUUGCAACAUGAAAUGAACUCUCGAGGUGCAGCUUAUCUGCAAUGGCCAUUAGUAGCCAAGCAAAAACUCUCUUCUUUUAACCAUCAUUUUGUGGAGAUUUUAUUCUUUUUAAGUUUAACACUGAAGAUUUGAUACAAUUAAAUGAGAAACUGCUUAGGGUAUUCAUUUUAAGUAUUUUUCUCCUCUAAAAGAUGUAUCUGAUAAAUGCAGAUCUAAAUCGUCAACAAGGAGCUUAGUAUUAGGGAAAUAGCAUUUUCACAGAAAUGUUCACUUAUCUUCUUAUAGUUUGCAUAAUGUGAGGAAUCCAGCAGUAUGGUUCACUGUAGCAUCAGAAACUCAUAAUUGGAUAAAAUGUCUUUUAAAUAACUUAGUGUAUUUAGGACCUUUGUUUUCCCCAUCACAUAUUAUCAACCUGCAAAGGCUGUGGAGGGUGUUUGGUUUCCUGUGUGGUGGACAACUUUAAAUCUGUAAAGCAAGUCCUAUAAAGCACCACUUAGGUCUUUCAUGUCCUCUUAUAGUUAAUGGGAAGGGUGUGUAAU